AUUGCCAGAGAGAGCUACGAUGUAUACUUCCGUGAUGUCCUAGAGUGUAUUCGUGCACUCUACGGCGAGCCAGAGUUUGCUCGCCAUCUUAUCUUCUUACCUGAGCAGCACUAUGUGGACUCUGAUCAGACCAUGUGUCUCUUCUAUGACAUGCAUACUGGUAAAUGGUGGUGGGCAGUGCAAGUGAGCUAUUUUGAUAUUAUAUUCUAG